ACACCAAAAACACCUAAACAAGAAAAAAUUCCCAAUCAAAAAUUACAAACUCCAAAAGUUGCUGUCAAGACAACACCUACAAUCAAACUUAAAACUCCCAACGUGAAAACUCCCGUAAAAAGUGCUUCUAAAAAGUCAACAGAAAACGGUGUAGCUAAACCAAAAGCUAUAAAACUUGAAACUCCUAAAAACAUAGUGUCAACAUCCAAACCAAAAUCUGACUCUUUGGAACGUAAGCGUUGUCAAAAUGUUGGAUUACGACUUAGAAAAAUUUUUCAAUUACCAAAAGCUAAGAACUGGAUAUAUUACGAGUGGUUUUAUAGCAAUAUAGAUAAACCUCUUUUAUAUGAAUCUGAUUUUAUGAUGUGUGUACAAGACUUCUUUCCAUCAUUUAAAAUUAAAACGAUGACCAGAACUGAAUGGUGUAUGUUACGGCGGAUGAUGGGUAAACCUCGAAGAUGUUCUCAGAAUUUCUUCGACGAAGAAAUAAGAGAGUUAGAUAGGAGAAGAAAAAAAAUAAGAUUGCUACAACAAAGUAAAGCAAGAGAUGAAUUGUUAUUUAAAGAUAUACCAGAUGAAAUACCUUUACAACUUACUGUUGGUACAAAAGUAACAGCAAUGUUAAGAAGUAGUAACACUGAAGAUGGUCUAUUUAAUGGAACUAUUGAAGCUUUGGAUGUAUCCAACAAUACUUAUCGAAUACAUUUUGAUAAGGCUGGUUUGGGUACACAUUCAGUUCUUGAUUAUGAAGUAUGUUCUAACCAACCACCAGAAACUAUUUCAAAAAAUGUAUUGCUACAAAUGUGUCGACCACGUGUACCUUACCAUAACCGUUCAAUAUCACCUGAAACUAAAGUGGACAUACUUAAAACCRAUCAGAAUACAACUGCACAAUAUUCUAUGAAACUUUUAGAAUCUACUGUAAAAUUCAGAAAAAUUUUGACAGCAAAAAAACAAUAUGUACAMACAUUACGUAACAUGAAUUCUGAAGCUGAAAGAAUGGUUUUAUACAAUGAAGAUAUAACAUCAGAAUUUCAGAGUCGGUAUGCCAAAAUUGUUUUGGAUUUGGAUAACUUAAAUCUACAUUUAACAUCAGUUAUGUGUGUGCUUAGUGAAGAAAUUAAAAUAUUAGCACCCGAAGAAGCAGAAACGUGGCCAUUAAUCACAGAUUAUUUACAAAAUCAAUCAUUUGAUGAAGCUGAACAGAUGAUUGAGCAUAACAAAGAAGUAACUGACUCCCGUUUUAUGUCUGAUGAUCAGCCCAUGUUAGCUUUAAUUAAAGAUUUAUUAGCUUUAAUGCUUCAAGUGAAAACAUUGACUGAAAAUGAACCUACUGCUUAUGAAUUGGAUGCUUUAAAAAGAACUAUGGUUGAAAUAAAACUUAAACUUAGUCAAUCUAAUCAAAAAUCUUUUGAAAAUUGUGUGGAAAUUCAUAUGCAACAAAUUCAAUCUAGUUUAGAUACUUUUCAUACUUUAUCCUCAUCUAAUAGAAAAUAACAUGAAAAGUUUGAAACUUUUGUUAAUUUAUACUUAGCAAAAAUAUAUUUUAAAAGGUGUAAAAAAUAAUGUUAUGAAUACUAAGGAGAUUGAUUAUUGAUAUAUAUAUAGAAAGAGAGAGAUUUGAAUGAAAAUAUCAACAUUUAAAAGAAUAAUUGAUUAAGCUAUCAUAACUAAUGUUUUAAGUACCUAUAUUUUAAUAAAUGUAACAUAACCUAGAAUUUUAAAUUAUUUAU